CAACUUUUAUAUUUUACUCUGCUGCUUCGAGAUCAACGCAUUAAAAGUAAUGGGGUACAUUUAGAAUAUUUAGAUUUUAAGGGGUUGAAGUUGUAAUUUUGAAGAAGUGGAAGAUCAAUAAAAAAUAAUAGAAGAACAGAGACGACGAAACCUGCCGGAGAACUGAGGAGAGAAAAAAAUCCGUCGAAAAUGGGAAUUUGAAUUCGUCUUCUGUUGAUCAUCGCUUCACUUCUGCUUCCAGAGCUUUUACUCAGAAGAAGCUUGAUGAUCUCAAAUCUCUCUUUGUUUCCCUCGCUUCCAAGUCUCACAGCAAUGACCAAUACGUCUCGUACCCUGUUUUCCAGGUUUUGACAAAAAAAAAAAUUGUGUUCUGUUCUCAUCUGGUUUUUGUGGUUGAUAGUUUUGAAUUAAGCCUUACACGAUGUGUGUCGGAAUAGUGUCCAAAUCUCUUGUUUUUCUCAAACUCGCAAAAACUCACCAAAGGAAACUCAACAAUUUCACUCGGGAGUGUUG